AUGAUGAUGUCAUGGUACUCAGCACCGCCAGGCCGUGUUGAGUCUUCAGGUGGCAACCAAGGGGCGAUUCUCAAGAAUCGCGAUGGGGUGCCGGUGUGGUCGGGAGACAGCUCCACCUUCGAAGAGUUCGUCGAAGCCUGUCUCCUGUAUGAGCAGACCGUGGUCAAAGAGAAGCGAUACCUUUGUGGGCCUCGAAUUGCCAGUGAACUGUCUGGAUCAGCCAGGCGCAUCCUGAUUGGCAAGUCAGCGGACUGGCUGUCCUUCGAUGGAGGGGUCCGUCGAUUAGUGGCAGCUCUUCGUGCUGAAAGGGGCCAAUCCAAGGUUCCUGAAAUGAGCGAGCUGUUGAUGAAGUACUUCAAGGGCACCAAACGCCAGCGGGGCGAGGGCAUGAAUGACUUCGUGAUGAGAAAAGCCGAGGCAUACACCCGGGCACAACAGUCAAUGGCCCGGUAUCAACGAGAACAUCCAAAGAAGCCAAAGUCAGUGAACUCAGAUCCAAGAUCUCAGCAUUCAUCAAUAGCUGGCCCUCAGAGAACCUGGAAGGCUAGGAACAGUCAACCUCUGCAGGAGCAGUCCUAUGAGUUUGAGAAUGAGGGGUACGACCUUGCGACGGAGGAGGAUGAUCCCUGGGCGCAAUGGCAUGCGCGUGAUGAGUGGGAAGAAGCCCACUCUCACCAGUCCAGGAGCCAUCAUACUGAGUCCUGGAAACAGUCCGACACCCUGGAAUGCAGUCGUGAUGAGCUCCCAGAGAUUUUGCCAGAUUUCAUCCAAGGCUGGUACCUCUUCAUGGACUCCGGCUUGGACGUGAUGGAAAGAAAUGUUCUCCAAGCUGACCUACAAGGUGAUUUCAGUGUCCGAGCCGUGGAGACAGUGUUGAGGAAACACUGGACGGAUGCGGACGUCAAGCGCCGCGACAUGGAGAAGGGCAAGUACAUGGCCCACAUGACUGAGGACCACGACCCGGAGGAGGACAAGGUCUUCUGGAGCGAGCUUGAUACAAAUGGCUUGAUGGAAGAGAGCUUCACCACCGAGGAGAUCCAGUCCAUGGAAGUGGAGCAAGAGAAAAUGGUGGAAGCCUACGCCGUGAUGCAGGAGGCUCGACAGACACUGAGGGAGGCCAGAGCUAAACAGCAUGCCGUCCGAAUGGCACGGCAGUACUACCCCGUCAAAGGGAAGGGCAAGGGCAAUGAACCUCAAAGCCUGUGGAAGCGACUUGGCAAAACGCCUCCACGGAUGCAAUGUUUCCGAUGUGGUGGCCCACACAAGGUGGCCGAAUGUCGGGAGAAGCCUGCUGACCAGUCAGCCCACGUGAACACCCAGGAGCAGGCACCUUUCGUCUUCUUCACCGACACGGUGGGGGAGGCGCUCAUGGGCGAGUCCCAGGCCACCAUCUCUACCCAGGAUGUGAUGCUGCAGGGAAAAGCUGUCAUUGACGGCGCCGUGAUCGACUACGCAUCGGAUCGCGCAGUCUUCCGGGCAGUGGAUCCGACCAAAGUGGUGCGCCUGGAGCGCACGGCAGCUGGACACCAAGUGCUGCCUCUCACGACGGAUGCCUAUGAGACUGCCCGCAGCUUGCGAGUCACGGAGGACCAUCGAUCUCAGGGUGUCGUGAAACCUGCGCUCGGUGUCACCGAUCGCACGACCUCUCUCCCGAAGCUUGUGGUGAUCAUGGUGUCCCGCAUGACCCGUGUGGAGCUUGGCGAGCGUCUCCAGAAGUACCAUGGGGAAGUGGCUCCAACCAAGUGGACUCGGGCACAAUUGCUUCAUCGGCUCAGCGAGCUCGAGGGAGAGGUGAUCUUGGAGCCAAAGAGCAAGGAACUCAGCCCAUUGAGGACUCUCGAAGUGGCCAUCAACAAGGCUUCAGCUCGGAAGGCAAACCUCCAGGAGUACCUGACGGUCAACAUGGGCAUGACCCUGACGGGCACCGAGACCAUUGCUCAGCUCAAGGUGAAGGGCCUGAACCAGGCCUAUGUGAUGGCAGCUCCUCAUCCCACGGACUUCGUCGGGUUCGGCAAGCAUUGCGACAAGAAGUACGAGGAGAUCUGGAUGGAACAGCCCAGCUAUGCUCGCUGGGUGAUGCAGACCUCCAAGGAGGACCCAGAGAGCAGCAUGAAGCUUCAUCGCUUGGCCAAGUGGCUGGAGGAGAUGACGGAGCUGGAGCAAGUGACGGAAGCCACAGCAGAGCAUUCCAAGAACCCGAAGAAGGGCUACCCAGUCAAGAAGAAGGACGCAGAGAAGUCCAAUUCAUCCUCAGAGAUGAUGGAAAUGGCUUUAGCCUUGAAGGCGCUCACCAAGGAGGUGGCCGACAUGAAGGAGGAUCGGGAGACGCGCCGGAAGCAACCCUCGGCCGCCACCUCAAGCGACUGGGAGAAAACCUCCCAGAUGCCAGUGGAUCAGUAG